AUGCGUUUCGCUGCCUCCGUUGCUCUCCUGGCCGGCCUUGCCGCUGCCCUCCCCCAGGCCGCUGAGACGGUCUACCAGACCGAGGAUGUCACCAUCACCUCGUGUGCUCCCACCGUCACCAACUGCCCGGCCCGCAAGCACAGCGCCACUGCUGCCCCGGCUGUUUCCUCUGUCGCCCCUGAGGGCAGCUCGGAGGCUCCCGCUCCCGCCAUCACCACCUCUGCCGCCGGCGGCUCUGCUCCCGCUACCAGCGGCGCUGCCCCCAGCGGUCCCGCCUCGGUGAGCCCCGUGGCCUCCGGUCCCGCUCCCUCCGCUCCCGCUCCCGUCAGCAGCGCUGCCGCCCAGCCCCCGUACCCCAGCUCUGCUGCUGCCCCCAGCAUCUCGGUCAUCACCAUCUCCACCUGCGUUCCCAGCGUGAGCUACUCGACCGUCACUCUGGCUCCCUCCAGCGCUGCUGGUGGCCCUGCCCCCAAGGCUCCUGGUGCCACCCCCGCCGUCCCUGCUGGCACUGGCUACCCCGGAAAGCCCUCCGGCUCUCCCACUCCUUCCGGCUCUGCCACCCCCUCUCCCCCGGCUUUCACCGGUGCCGCCAGCACCGUCGGCAACUCCUUCGUCUUCGGUGGUGUUGCCGCCCUGGCCGCCGUCCUCUUCGCGUAA